AUGGCUUCCUGGGACAAUUAUGACCACUCACGCUUACGUUACGACGACUCUUACACCAAGCCACGACGCUCACGAAAUGACUCGACGUAUGUUCUGCACUGCCCUCCACACAUCCAUCUUUCGGCACUGACAGCCCACCAGANNCUCGAUCCCACCUACCGUGACUUCACACAACCAUCCUUAUACCCCUCCAUACCUACGAGAACCCGCAGUCGCGCCCCAACCAAGAGCAGGGAUCACAGCCGAGCACCACGCCGAUGGCCUCCUCCACCAUCCGUUGAAGACGAGGAAGCCUCGCUAAGGAGGGAGCACAAGCCAGGACGCACAACCUACGACGACAUCCCCUCAAGAGGCACCAUCGGACAAGAACCACUGCUUCUCGAUGUGCCUGGCUAUACUCCUGACCGCCGCUAUGUCUGGGUUCCUNCUACGAACAAGUCUCCCAACACACAUUCCACACCUCCCUCGAGCGACGACGAACGAGCUAGACGCCGUGAAAAGCGCAAGGGUCCUCGAAUAGAAACAGCUGGACUUCCUGAGAUGCGAAGAGAAGCUUCACCCUAUGCCUGGACAAAGCCAACUCCAUCCACGCAAACACCAAAGACGUCAGAACGUCUCUUCCUUUCGCCAGAGACUCUUACUCCGCCUGCUGCUUCCAUAUUCACGACUUUCGACAAGCCGCCGCCAACCAGCACACCUCGCCCUGACUGGUCUGACUCAAGCCAACGUCCGCAACAAGCCCCAACAAGAGACGGCACUCCACCACGGUCAACCUCACAGCACGUGUACGAAGGACGUAGUACUGCCGAGGCCACUCGAAGCGCAGAAGACCACAUCCCCAAAAGAUCGUCAACACGUUAUUCCUGGACCAAGCCAGACCAAUCUCACUCGUCUCCUACGUCACCAUUUAUUCAGCCCAUCAGCGACCCUUCAAGGAGACGGUCGGGACAAAUUGAAGACUACUCGCUCCUGAACGACUACUCGCGCAAGCCUGCACCACCGCAAGUCGUUAAUUUGCAGCAGUCUGGACGCCCAGCAACCCAUUCACGACACACGAGUGAAGGUAGCCGCACUUCUCCUGACAAUCUUGCGCCUGUUCGCAAUUCAAGCUCGGACAAGUUGAGAGACAAUUACCCUCCCAGUAUCCCCAGCUCCAGACCAACAUCGCGAGCAGGAUCGACCCAAUCCUCGCCACAGCCUUCACCUCGCAUAGUGCAUCCUCCUGAAUAUCCUUGGAAUAUGGGUUCGGCAGCUUCGACCACAGCACGCCGUGCACCACCACCUUCUCGUCUCGCGGAGACAACUGCACCUAAGUCGCCGCGCCCUCAGGCAUCGAGGUCUGUAUCUAGUCCGUACUCGCCACUUCCUUAUCCGGAUGACGAUCGCCCGUUCGAGAUCAUGCCUUCAGAAAGAGAUCAUCAAUACUUUCCACAACAGACAAGCACUUUGCUCCCUCCAUUCAGCGAACCGGUGACGCGUACCAACACUCCGAAGCAGCCAACACAACCUAGCAAAGUGCGACCGACCGUUGAGAGAUCUGCGACAUCUGGCGCUUCAAGACGAGAGGUAUCAAGAUCUGAGGAUCUAUCCUCUGGCACGAAGAAGACUCAGAUGGAGAGGCUACCAGCUUGCAAACGGAUCACGUACGAGAUCAAAUAUGAUGACUGGUAUACGCUCGAAGGACAACCUGGUUUCAAUAUCUGCCCGCGCUGCUUCAAGUACGCUUUUGACAGGACUCAAUUAGGCAUGUCUUUUAACCUGCUGCCCAACAAUGCGCCGAGGUUCGCCAGAAGAUGCGAGUUUAGCAACGCUUGGAUCAGACUUGCAUGGGUUUUGACUGCAAACAACCGUCAAAAUACGCUGAACACGAUGAUCACGAUCUUCAAUGCCGAAGAGACUGAAGAACCCUGCCCCGGAAGUUCCAGAGGAUGGUGCAGUUGGUACUCGAUUCGUGAUCGAGAUGGCCAUUUUCUACGAGACUUCAUCGUGUGCCCAUCGGAUGUCAAAAGAGUGGAAACGCUCUUCCCCGGGUUUAGAGGGCUGCUUGUACCACUUCCGAUGAAGUAUGCCUACGACAAGGAAGAAGAAAUAAUGGGUCGAUUCUGUUCCCUGCGACCCGAACACAAUAAUCGGUUUACGGCCUAUGUGGAUUGUUUGUUCCAGCUCCACGAAGAUGCCGUGUCUAGUCAGCGGUUGCCUAGCACACAUGAGUUUGUGUCACUUGUCCGACACAAGACCAGACUCCCCGAAUGCAUCCGUGAUGACAAGCUCAAGGGCGUGGAUUGGUACUACGUUCCAUCCUUGGCACCUGCUCUGACUGUCUGCGAUGAGUGUUACCAUGACGUGGUAUUGCCAUGGUUGAGGUCGAACUCGGACGUAGCUGUGAGAUUCAAUCGAACGAAGCAGGCCGUUCGCAACGAAGGCAGAGGAGGAGUGUCCUGUCAACUCUAUUCACGAAGGAUGCGAGACGCAUUCCGAUAUGCGAUCGACACGAACGACAUGAGAUAUCUCGCGAGAAAGGCAAAGGACAGGAAAGAAGUAGAAGACGAUUUCCAGCGGAGAUGCAGAGACUUGCAAAAGGAUGCGGAACAACUCAAAGGUCGCAGCGGGUAUGCGAUCAGCUCUCGGGCAGAGCAAGAGUUGAUGCAACUUCAGCGUGAGAUUGAAGCGAUUGGAGAGACGUGGGAACUGGAAUGGGAGUGA